GUUUCAGAGUUUAAGUUAUUCCAUAUAAUGAAAUUAUUUAUUGACAUGCUUGGCUAUGAAGGCUAUUUACUUUGAUUGACAUGCAUUAAAAUGGAUGACAUCAAGCCAGUGAAAAGAAGCGGUCAUGUAGCUGUGCUUUGGAACAACAAUAUGUACAUAUGGGGAGGUUAUAAUGAAUCGGAUGAUUUGAUUGAAAGAAGGCAAUUUUCAUCAAUCACAUGGAAAUAUGAUUUGAAUCAAAAUAAAUGGUCAAAGCAAACUACAGGAAACUACAAACCUAGGGAAAGACUUGGCAGUUGUGCGUCUUGUGUCAAUGGAAAGAUGAUUGUGUUUGCUGGAUGCGUGUUUCCUGAUGAUCAAAAUGAUGUUAAUGUUUUGGAUUUGCGCAAAAUGGAAUGGAAGUCUUUACAACCAACUGGUGUUCCCCCAAGUAGUAGAAACAAACUGAGUUGCUGCGUUUAUUAUGACAGGAUCAUUUACUUUGGUGGAUAUGGCCCAAGUCCUAAACAACAUGAAAUACGGAAUGGGGAAUAUAUUGCUGAUACAUCUGUGUGGAGAAACUACCGUGGAUGGAACAACCACUUGUUUGCUUACGAUAUCAACACUAACGCAUGGAUCACUCUGCCUAACAAAGGCGAGGCACCUUGUCCAAGAGCCGCCCACACGAUGACUUCUGUUGAGGACAAAGCUUUUCUGUUUGGUGGACGACAUAAGAAUGAAAGGUUGAAUGAUUUCCAUCAACUUUGUCUUAAAACUUUUACCUGGACAGAAAUAACACCAAGCAGUCCAUAUCAACCAAUAGGAAGGUCCUGGCAUUCGUGCAUUGCAAUAAAUAGGAAAACAUUAUUUCUCUUUGGGGGGCUGGACACUCAACAAAACGUUCUCUGUGAUGAAUGGUUAUAUUGUUUACACAAUAAUGAGUGGAUAAAGUUGAACAAACCAAACUCUUAUCCUCGGUUAUGGCACACUGCGUGCACUGGUGCAUAUCAUGGUCAGGUGGUGGUGUUUGGAGGAUGUCGGAGUAAUAUAUUUGCCGAUAAUCAGGAACACUGUAAUGAUCUUAUAUUUUUCAAUCUGCAACCUAAACCAUUACUAAGGAUUUGCCUUGAAGUAGUGACUCUGCAUGGAAAGAAAUUGCUCAAAAAAGAUGUUCUUCCAAAGUCUUUGUAUGAACUAGUAUCGAAAAUGGCAGGGGAGGGUGGAUAACUUGCUACCAACUUUAUCUUAUAAACUUUGUUUUUACAUCUUACCUUCUGCAUUUUGUUGUGUUUAUAUACACAAAACUUUUUCGUAAUUAAUAUUUGUUAUGUUCGCAAAUAAAGGUUUUGGUUUUUAAUAU